UGAUUGACAGUGUUUUCGCAAUGGAGGAGUCUGUGAUCCAGCAGCACCUCACACACUAUAAACAGGCCACUGAGACGGCCCGUGAGGAGCUGGCCGUCCUGCAGGCCAAAUACAGCAACCUCCAGUCACAGUUCUUGGAAAGCCAAUCCAAAGUUGCAUCUCAGGAAGAGACUUUGAAGAGCUUAAAGGAUGCUAUAGAUAGACAUAAAGAGAAAGAGGCGAGACAGGAGUCUCUCGUCAGCUCGCUCAGAGAACGCAACUGCAACACAGAGCAAGAGAUGAUCUCCAUCACCUCCUCCAAAAGCAUCAUGGACAUGAGAAUACAGACACUUACGAAGGAGAACGAGAAAAUCAAGGAGAAAGUAAUGGAACUCGAUAUCAAGUCAAAACAGUAUUUUUCAGAAUGCAACAAGGCAAAACAGGAAGCCACUGAGACCCAGAGAAGAUGUGAUGAGUUUAUAUCAACAUUAGCAAACAAAGCCUCUGUAAAUGUGGCAGGAAAGGUGGAUCCUAUGGAUUAUAUUGCAUCCGUGGUGGAUGCGUGCUUCAAGGACAGAGAUCGGCUGAAGAGCUGCAAUUGUUCUUUAGAGGAGAGUGUGAAGUUGUAUGAGGUGGAGUGUAAAGCCAGCAGAGAAACGGUAAAGAGACUGGUGACUGAUGUAGACCGUGAACAGACACUCUCAGCCUCCAGAGCAAAUGAGCUGAACUCUAACAGACAGGAAUUGGAUCUAAUCUCCCUGAAGAAACUAAGUUUAGAGCGGGAGAACCAGACCCUUAGGAACUCCCUGCAGGAGACUGAACUAUCUCUGGCGUCUGCACAGCAGCGCUGCCGCCACUAUGACAAUCUGUCUCAAGAUCUGGAAAAUAAACUCCACGGCUGCCAGAACGAAGCUCAGGCGUCUCGCAGUCACCACGAGGUCUUCGUGAAGAAUGUGGAAGCCCUGCUGGACCAUCAGUCUCUUCCUGUUCCACACACAGAGAACGACAUAUUGAAGGCACUUACAGCUCUUUGUACCAGAGAGAAAAGUGCACGAAAGUCUCAGAUGGAAAUGGAAGGCAGGCUGGCGGAGGUGACAGAGCAGUUGUCCAGCCACAAAGAGCAUCAUAUCGGCUCUGAACGGAGAAAACAGGAGCUGUUGGACAGAAUACAGAGUCUGGAGGAUGAGCUGCUGACUUCUGGAGUCAGCAAAGAUGGAAUGAAUCAGGACAAACAGCAUUACUUGCGGUUCGUGGAGCAGCUCUCAGAGAAGUUAAAAGUGGAUCAUGUUGCGGCAGAUCUGGGAUUUGAUAUGAGACUUGAGGCCAUUCUUACACGAGCACAACAGCUGACCAGGCAGGAAGGGACGGCGUUACUGGAGAGCAGGACACAAAUCUACAGCCUUCAGAGAAAGUUUAAAGAACAGAAGGAGCGUUCAGGAAGUAAAGAGCUUCACCUGGAGCUGCUGAGGAGGAAGGUGGUCCAGCUGGAGGAGGAGAAGAGGAGCCGCUCAGCUCUGGCGGUGGAGAAAGAUGACACUGCUCUGGCCUGCAAGAAGCUCCAGAAGCGAGUGGAUCGACUGCAGGCGGAGCUGAGCACCUUACGCUUCUCCAACACUGAGCUGAAAGCCCAGCUGUCCCACACCAAUGAGCUCAAGAUCAAAGUGAUGGAACAAAACCAAACCAUAGAGGAGCAGGGUAAGAAUCUGGGAAAGCAUGAGAAGAACAAGGUAAAGACUGAGAAGAAGCUGACCACCAUCAAGUCAGAGCUGCAAAACCAGGAACUCAGAGCCAGAGAUGAGAUCCAACAAGCCCAACGACUCCUGGACACGCAGUCUAGUGCCAUAGCAGAUCUUUCUCACAGUGAGAAACAGUUGCUGGACUUCUACACGGUGGUGUCUCAGAUGUUGGGUGUUGACUGCACAGGCUGCGUGCCAAACUAUGAAGUUCUCAGAAGGCUGGAGGUUCUGACCCAAUCACGUCACUGUACUGCUCAUCUACACCAGCAUCAUACGCCUCGCAUCUGGGAAAGUCCAGUUUCCUCCAUAAACGUUGCUCAUUCUCAUGAGUUCAAACCCCAGGCUCUGCCAGCUCCCUCUAGCACAUCAUCCGAGAGACCAGCGGCCCACGGUGAUAAUAACCUGCAGUUAUAGAUUACUGUUCAUCCUACUGUAGCUGCACAG